AUGAGUUCUGAGAAGAUUAAUGAUACCUCUCCCAAAUUAGAGGAAAGAAAGUCUGAAGCAUCAGAGGAGAAGGAAGACUGCGAUGAUGAUUGCCAGUACAUCUUUCCCCAGCGUCUCAUGUCUGUUUUAGCAGAUGAAGCCAACCAUGAAUCCAUCUGCUGGCUUCCCCAUGGGCGUGCAUUCAUCAUUCGCAACCGCAGUUUGUUUGCGGAAAAGGUUAUGCCUCGCUUCUUCCCAAGAAAGUCCAAAUACAGUAGUUUUACCAGAAAGUUGAAUCGAUGGAACUUUACCCGUGUCUCUAGUGGCCCAGAACUCGGGGCGUACUACCACGAGUUUUUCCUUCGUGAUCAGCCCCACCUUGCCGCCCAAAUGUUCUGCAAGAAUGCACGGACCAAGAUUGCCAUGGCGUCUGCAGAACCAGAACCCACUGCUCUCCACAACCAGCUUUCCAAAGGCCAAGCUGCUGCUCCUGCUCCUGAGCCAUCGAGGUUGGAUUCUUCUCAUGUUUUGAUGGACACUACUGCGGAUCCAACUCUCCAAUUGCUCCUCAGUCAACAAAUGAACAUGUGCAAUCAGCUCAACAUUCAACAACGUCUUGCCCAAUUGCAACUUCAUCAUAACAAUGUACACAAACCAAUGGCUGGUAUUGGUCUCAACAACAAUAGCAAUAUGAACAACAGCAUGAAUAACAAUCUCAACAACAAUGCGGCGGCAUUGAAUUUGUUGAUGGGCACUCAAAAUGCCAGCACGUCGCCAGUCCUUGGCACAUGGCUCCAAAACGAAAUUAUGGCCCAAAAACAACAGCAAGAACGCAUGCUGCAAUUGCGACAGCUCACUGCUGUCAACCUGCGUCAACAAAGCAGCAAGCCCUCUGCCAAGAAGAACUUCCGAGCCUCUGCUGCCUAA